GCUGCUCUGAAUUGCCCCUCCUUCCCCUCCCCGUCCCCCCACCACCGAAUAACAUAAAUUGCAGUGCACGAACUUACAGAAACUUUACAAUCAAACACCUCCCAACUUCCUCCUCCCACAGAAUACCCAGUUCCAGCUGCGGCAAGACUCUAACAAUGGCGGAAAUCACCAUCUCAAAGACCGUUCGCGUCCCCCUCCUCGGUGGAACGGAUGCCGGUUACCACAUGCCCUACCCCUACGACCCCUCCAAGCCCACCCUGAUCCUCGUCAAUGCCUUCGUCACCAGCGUCGAGCUGUACGCCAGGCAAUACAAGAACAAGCAGUUGACUGAUGCCAUGAACCUAUUGGCCAUCGAGCUCCUCGGACAUGGCAACACCCGCACCGUCAGCCCCAGCUGGACCUACUGGCACACUGCUGAGAUGAACCUCCAAGUGAUGGAGGCGCUCGGCAUCAAGAAGGCCUUCGUGCUCGGCACUAGCCAAGGUGGCUGGAUCACCGCACGCAUGGCCCUCCUCGCCCCCGAGAAGAUCGAGGGUAUCAUCCCUCUCGGAACCUCCAUGGACUACGAGUCUGAGCGCACGGUCAAGCUGGGCUGCUGGGACUGCAUCCGCGACGUCACCCCGACCAUUGACGCCUUCACGACGACUGAGAACACGCCUGACUUCGAGGCGCCCACUGCCUUCUGCGACUUCCUCGUCGACAUUGGACUUGGAAAGGACGUCGACCCCGCGGUGCGCGAGCACUGGAGGAAGAUCAUCAAGUCCAACUACCGCGGCAAUGACGGAAGACUGCGCGCCAGAAUGGCGGCCAUCAACCUCCGCGACAGAGAUGGACUGCACGCUCGUCUCUUCGACAUUACCUGCCCCGUCUUGUGGCUCCACGGCACCAACGACGUCGUGUACAGUAUUGCUAACGCACAGGAGGAGAUCAAGCUCUUCAAGAACUCCAAGUCGGCCGAGCUCGUGAUUGUCAAGGACGGCACUCACUUCUUGUCUGCUGACAAGCCCGAGGCCGUUGACAAUGCUUUGAUCUCCUUCGUUGGCAAAUGGGCCAACAAGCAUAUCUAAGUAGAU